AUGGCGUCUCCGAAGCCCCAAGUUUCGUGUUCUGCUGUGCCGUCUGUAGAAUUGAGUGUAGUGAAAGUGUUGGACUCUGAUGAGCCACUUGUCGCGAGCUCUUCUGCAGGCACCCCCUGUGUGCAAGUGUUGGACUCUAGUGAGCCACUUGUGCCCAUGACUGUGCUAUCGAAAUCAAUAGCUGGUAGUUCCCGCGCCACUGUUCCCAGUACCGUGUCGGUACUGCCGCCUGCGUCUCCAACGUCGUCUGAGAGCAGCGUGGCUGAUGCGGAACCUCAAGCUCCUGGUUCGUCUGGCCGAAGAGUCCACUACUAUGCCGAGGAAAUAAGGUGCCAUUGGAACAUGUAUAAAAUCAUAACCCGGCUCAACACCCCAGCUCAGUGCAUUGCAUUUGCUGAAGAGCAUAGGCUCCUUCCUACAGAACAUAGGAUAGUGCUCAUAUCAUAG